ACAUUCAUUACUCGAAGUUUUUUAAUUGAUUGAAAGCAAAUCAAGAAACAAAAUGUCAGGAAUUAUCCACAAGGUUCAGGAGACUCUCCACAUGGGAGGGCAGAAGAAGGAGGAAGAGCGCAAGGGGGAGCACAAGGGGGAGUAUCAUGGAGAAGCUCACAAGGUGGAGCAGCACCACGGCGAACACAAGCCUGAACAUGGGGAGCACAAAGAGGGAAUUGUGGGGAAGAUCAAGGACAAGAUCCAUGGCCAAGGUGAUCAACAUGGACAUGGCGAAGAGAAUAAGAAAAAGAAGAAGGAGAAGAAGAAGAAGCACGAGGAUGGCCACAGCAGCAGCGACAGCGACAGCGAUUAAACAUCCCUAUCUAGGUGAAUGGGGUUAGCGAGAGGUUGUUUAUGUGUUUUGGUUUGGUUUGGUUAUGGUGUAAUAUCCAUGGUGAAUGCCAAUGGAGAUCCCAAGUAUUAUUUAAUAAAAUCCCUCUCUAUUGUGUACAAUACGUUCAAUGCCAUAUGCUACUUUUUUAGAAUAAA